AUGUGUGGUGAUGGCCCUGAAGACAGUCACAUCAUCUAUGCACUUGCUGAUCGGGCUGAGGAUGAAAACCUGCACCUGAAAGCACAAUAUGAACAGAUUCAGAAAAGCCUGGAGGAAUCAGCAAUGGAAAUGGAGAAGAUGACAGAUGAAUACAACAAAAUGAAGAUUGCCAUACAACAAGCUGAUUCCAUGACAGACAUGCUCAAAAAAGAGAGGGAUCAUGCAAAGCUGCAAGUGAGAGAACUCACGGAUAAACUCGAUAGCAUGGCUGAAGAAAAUGACCCCAUCAUGGCAGCAGUCAGUGCUAAGGUGGAGGAGUGGAAGAGAGUGCUUUCUGGGAAGGAUGAAGAAAUUCGGGUCUACCAGCAGAUGAUCCUCGAUCUAAAAGAUAAGCUGCGUUCCUCACAGUUGGACUUGGACAAAAGCGGCAUUAUUGCCUUGCAGCAGGCUGCCCAAGAGCGAGAGAACCAAAACACAAUACUGAAGGAACAAUUGAAGCAAUAUACAGAGGAAAUGGAGAAGAAUAUCCUGCUUAUUGAAGAACUGAAGAAAUCCACAAAGACAGACAGAGGCCUGUCAUCAGCUAAGCAACAGAGGAAGUUGGAACAACUGGAGUCUAAGUUGGAAGCAGCAGAGAACAGAGCCCUGGAAGCAGAGCGGCUGGCAAAUCUCGCAGAAGCCGAUGCAGAACAAAAAGACAAAGAGCUAAUUGAGACGUCAAACUACUUGAGGCUGACUGGUGUGGAUGGCCUGGAUGCUGCCAUUACAGAGAUCAAAGAGGGUAAAAAUAUAAUUAAACUGAGGGAUUGUGAGAUAGAGGCCUUGACCAAGGAGAUAAACCAGCUUGAAAUGAGAAUCGGUGACCUCUUGGAUGAAAAUGAGGACUUCCGUGAAAGACUAGGUCUUGAGCCAAAGCACGAGGUUGAUCUGACAGAGUUCAGGCGAACCAAGGAGCUCAAGCAACGGCACUACAAAGCAGAAAACCAAGUACUCACCAAAGAGCUUGAACGGCUUGAAGAAGAGAGACUUGAACUAAAGAAACAAGUCAGAUGCCUGGUGAAGGAAAGAGGUGACUCUGAAAUCAUGCAGUCACAUGACAUCAAAUGGCUUCAACAAUCAGAUUCACUGCUGAAUGAAGAGGAGAGGCCCAGCAGAACUAUGCUGUUGCCUCUUCAACAGAGUACUACUUACAUAAGUGAAGAGAGCAAACACAAGAUUGAGCACCUGAAAAAGGAACUGGCCAAUAAGGACAGAGAAAUGGAACUUCAAAAAACACAGUUUCAAGCCAGGUUGGAAGAACUGUCCAAAGGUAAAAGAGAUCUGGAGGCUAUACUGAAAGAUGUUGUUCAAGCCAUGAAAAUUAAUCAUGAAGCCCCUCUGUCUGCCCUCUCUGUGGAAACAUUGGCUGAUGUAAUAGAUGUGAAGAACUUGGGUGGGGUAUCUGAUGCUGACUCAUACCUUCAGUCUCAAAUACAACAGCUGUUGGGCAGAAAUGAACUGCUGGGAAAAGAAUUGAAGUCAGCUCAGGAGGAGGCAGAAAGGAGCAAUGUUCAGCUGGCCAGAGCUAAAGAAAAGGUGACCCAACUGGAAGGUAAGGUGGAGCGAAGUAAGUCAGGCGGCAACCAGUUGCCCUUUCAACCUUUGCCCCUCCCUGAAGGAUUGGAGCCCAGCAGCACUGCUAUCAUCAGUUCCUUGAAUGAGUAUGCAGUUCGACUAAUUCAGGAAGUCAAAAACCAGGAGGAGUCAAACAAGAUCCUCAUGGCAGAGCUGGAGAAAUGCAAAGAGAAGUUUGCUGUUGUCAGCCAUCAGCAGGGACUCCUGUAUAAAGAAUACCUAAGUGAGAAGGCAGAGUGGCAGAAGGAGAAAGAAACAUUUGCAGAGAUCAAGAAUCAGCUGGAAGAGCAAAAGGAAGUCAAUACUGUUUCACUGCAACAGUACAAAGUCCUGCUGGAUACCCUAGAAAAGGACCCAGAGGAAAUCAGGAGAGUGCUGAGUGAAUGUUUCCGCAAGUUAACUGUGCUGCAAGUGAAUGAGAAGAAGCUGACAUGGCGUUACACCACCUUGCUUGAACAGGAGCAGCACCUCCGCAAGGAGAACAGCAAGCUGAGGGACGAGAGCAGUCAGAUGCAGGUCUCCGUCACCCAGAGGAUCGGCUACUUACACAGAUAUAAGGAAAUGGCUGCAUAUAAGAUAGCAGCACUGCAGAAGGCAAUGGAUGAUACUGUGCCCUCAUCAGACUUGGAGAGGGCUAACAAACAGUACACAGAGUUAACUGUCAAAUACAGGGACCUGUUACAGAGGGACGACCGUCUGAUACAGAGAACAAAUAACCUUGAACAUAUGAAGGAGGGUGAGAGCAUCAUGGAUAAAACAGAAAAAGCACUAGCCAACACUGAGCUGGUAUCUGCGGCCAGACAUAUCACCACUUUAGAAAUGAAGGAGCUGAAUGAGAGGCAAAGAGCUGAGCAUGCCCACCAAAUGUAUGAACAUAUAAGGAACUCCCUCCGGCAGGUGGAAGAGCGUAACUCAGAACUGGAGGCCAAGUUCGCCGAGUUAACCAAGAUAAAUGCAGAUGCCCAGAAGAUGGAACGGGAACUCAGAGAUGAGCUUGCAGCCAGCAUCAGCAAAGCUGUGAGUGAUGCUGAUCGAGCCAGGAUUGCAAAGUUGGAGAAGACAGAAACUGAACUUCGUGUUGAGGUUUCUAAGCUUCGGGAGGUAUCUGAUGUGGCUGUAAUGCAAGUGUCUGCUUUAGAAGCCAGAUAUCAGUCCAAUCAGAAGGAAGUAGAAAUCUUGAGGAGACAGGUCCAUGACUUCCAGUUGCAGUCCGAUGAGAAUGCCCUUAUCGCAAAGCUUCACCAGCACAUCGUGGCCCUGCAGCUCAGUGAGUCCGAUGCUUUGGCAAAAUUGAAGGCUGCAACUUCUCACAUACAACAGCUGGAUGCCAACAAACUGCGUGCUGAACAGCAACUAGAUGCUAGUGAGCGAGCUCUCUUCCUUGCUCGCCAGGAGAGCACAAAUCGCACGAAGCAUCUAAGGCAAACCAUCCACUCACUGCGCAGGCAGUUUGCCGGGGCUCUACCACUGUCCCAGCAGGAAAGGUUCUCUGUGACCAUGAUGAACCUUCAGGAGGACCGGGCGAAAGCUCAGGAAGAGAAAAGAAAGGCAGAAGAGGAGAGAAGGGGAGCAGAGGGCAGGACAGAAGAGCUUGAACUGAAGCUUCAUGGUCUGGAGGAACUUGUCUCAACACUGAAGGAUGCGAAAGGAGCCCAGAAGAUAACUGAAUGGCACAAGAAAAUGGAAGAAGCUCGCCUACAGGAGCUGAGAAAAGGCAGGGAGUUGUUAGUUCAGAAACAGGAAAUCAAGUACCUCAAGAGUCUGGUGGAAGAACUGCAGGCCACCAUUCGCUCUCUGGAAGAAGAUAGUGUACAGAUGAACAUGCUUCAAGAAGAACGCCAGCUUGCAUGGGAUCAGCGAGAAGUGGAGCUGGAACGCCAGCUAGACCAUUAUGAGAAACACCAGUAUGAUAUUCUGAGCCGUGCCAGUAAGUUGGAGGAAAGCACAGGUGCUGUGCCAGACCCAAGUCUGCCUGUUGCUGUUCAGUUAGAGUGUGCACUGCAGAAAAUCCAAGAGCAUCUCCGCACCAUCUUGGACACACAGGCAGCCUGCAGAAGUUUAGAUAAGAAGUUAAAAGAGAAAGAAGCAGCUCUCUGGAAUGCGGAACAGAACAUCCUCUCCAGAGAUAAAGUAAUCAACGAGCUCUGUCUUCGACUGCCAUCGUCAGUCAACAGGGAAGGUUUCUUAGCUGACCUGGCAAAGCAUGAAGAGGGCCAGACAGCAAGCCAGUCUACCCUUAAGAUCACUCAUCAGACCAUCAAAGACCUCCAGGGGCGACUUGACCAAAAGGAGCAAGUGCUAAAGAAAUACCAGAACCAACUGGCUCAAGUCGGACAGGUUCGCUCUGUACAGCAUGAAGAUGGUGGCAUCCUCCACUCCUCUGUUGGGCUGGUAGGCAAACUCCAUGGGGUCCAGCGAUGGUUCCACGACGAUGCGGCGGUGCCUCAGGACGAGCCUCUCAAGCUUGAGGAGUGCCAUGCUGCCCAGAUGAAAGCUUUGACUGGAGAGACUGAGACUCAAAGGAACCACAUGGCCCAGAUGGAGAAAGAAAUGAUGGCUCUACAAACUGAUCUCCAGACCCAGAAGGAGGCCAAUGUUCGCUCCCCGACGAAUACAAUGAAAAAUCUGGUAGAACAACUGAAAUCACAACUUUCACAGAAGGAAAAACAGCUCAAGGCUCUUGGUAAAGCUAUGUUAAAGCUGCGGGCAGAGAUGGUGUCAGCUGCAGAGCAGCAGCUCAUUACUAGUGCUGCACAACAAGAGCAAAAUCUCAACAUACAAAUGUUGAUUGACAAGCACACCAAAGAACUGAAGGCGCAGCUUCAAGAACUUAAUGAAGAACUGGACACUGCAAAAGAGUCUGCUAAAACGGCCAGAAGCCAGGAAAAUGCCCUGAAAGAUGAAGUGGAAAGAUUAAACCAGGACAUCCAGCAGAAGCAGAAAUCACAAAGACGCCUGCAGGCGGACAAGGAUGCGAAAGAACAGGAAAUCCAGGAGCUGAAGCAGCAGAUUAAGAGGUUCAGCACUGCCCUUCAGAAUCGUCCAGCACAAGAUGUCAGUCAGCCAGCCAUUGAGAACCUCCAGAGGAAGAUCAAAAGACUGGAGUCAGACUUGGAGAAAAAAGAGAUUAAAAUUAUUCAGGACGAUAAAUCCAGAGAAGGCUUUGUUCGGUGGGAUGAGAGUAAGAAAUGGCAGACAAAACUGGAAAAAAUGAAGAAUUUGCUGAAGGAAAAAGAAAGAGAGAUUGAGUCCCUGUCCAAACAGCUUGCCACACUGAAAGAUGUCUAUGCCAGAUUAGAGAAAGAGAAGACUGUGCUGCAGAAGAAGGCUCGUGGAAUCACUGCUGAGCAGGUGGUGGGAGCGCGAGCCUUUGAGAUUCAGAACGAAAUGGAGGACCUGAGAAAGAAGAAUGCAGAAUUGGAAACAGAGCUCCUCAACAUAAAACAACACCAGGCAUUGCCUCGUGACACUGCUAUGGAGACUCUGACACUGAGGAAUCAUUGCCUGGAGGAGAGACUGCAUGCCUUAGAGAAAGAAGCUUUUAAAGAGCCUGUGUCCAGACCCUCUAUGAAGGUGGAGUUUUGUCAUCCACUGGUGGAGUCUCACAUUGUGAAGAGCAGAGAUGUUCUUCUCUUCCUUCUGGACUUCAAGUUUUGUGUUCAGCUCCAUCACUAG